GUGCAAUUUUCCUGGGCCCGCGGCGCCCGGGCUCAGGUGGAGAGGCCGGGCUGGCCGGUGCUUUGGCCUCGGGCGUCUGGAAAUGGCGGCCGGGGGCAGGAUGGAGGACGGUUCCAUGGAUCUCACCCAGAGUGUUGAAGAUGACCCCCUUCUGGACACCCAGCAUCUCCAACAACAUUCAUUACAUGCUCAUAUUAGACGCAGAUUCCAUCCUCUUCCUACAGUCGUCAUAGCAAAUCUUCUCUUGUUAAUACAUGUUGUGUUUGUUAUUUUAGCGUUUUUAACAGGUGUGCUUUGUUCUUACCCUAAUCCAAAUGAGGACAAGUGCCCAGGAAACUAUACCAACCCACUGAAAGUUCAGACGGUCAUAAUCCUUGGAAAAGUUAUUUUGUGGAUUCUGCAUUUCCUUCUCGAACGGUACAUCCAGUAUCACCACAGCAAAGUAAGAAGCCGAGGCUAUAACGCGAUCUACCGAUCAACGAGGCAUCUUAAAAGACUCGCACUGAUGAUACAUUCCGUGGGCAGCACAGCGCUUCUGCUCAUCCUGUGCGUGCAGCAUUCCUUCCCUGAGCCCGGCAGACUGUAUCUUGUCCUCAUCCUGGCCGUCCUGGCCCUGGAACUGAUCUGUUCCCUCAUGUGUCUGCUCGUUUACACAGUGAAAAUUCGAAAAUUUAAUAAAUCCAAACCACAACCUGAUGUACUUGAAGAAGAAAAAAUCUAUGCUCACCCCAUCAAUAUUACCUCAGAGACUGGAUUCAGGACUCUCUCAAGCCUAGAAGAAGUUGUUGAAAAGCAAGGAGACAUAAUAGGAUACUUGAAGCGACACAACGCGCUGUUGAGUAAGCGGCUGUUGGCUUUCACUUCCUGUGACCUAAGCCCUCAGCCAAGUAGAAUGUGAGAGGCUCCAGGUAAAGACAGCUAUUCCAGAGGAAUCCAGAGGAAUUUAAGACAAUGGCUACCUGACAAGCUGUCAUAGGCAAUUGAAGCUUUUGCCAAGCAACGUUUUACAAUUUUUGCUGGAAGCCUGAAUUUGGUUCUCACCUGUGUGGCUAUUUAAUACGUAAGGGCUUGUGGAUCAUUUGCAAGAUACUUUGUAGAGCCUCGAUAACUCGAGGACAAUGUCUGUUUUGCACAUUUUGAAAUUAUUUAACUGCUUGGUUUAUCCUAGGAUCAAAAGCAUAGUUUAAACAUCUCCUUGGCCAACACUUCUUCCACAGGACAUUAGAACCCUGUAAUAAUUUGGCUAUUUAUAGAGGAAGUCUGACAUGACAAUCUAGUUAAAACAGGGCUUUGGUCAAGUAAGAUCUUCCCACUUUUAAACUGAUGAGAGAAGUCGUUAUUCUUGUGGUUAAUGUUUUUUCCGACGGAGCCUUAUCCUGUAUUUUAUAUGCUUGUGUGGUAUUGGAUGACAGCUUAGCCCAGGUAGCUUUUAUAAAGAAUUUUCUCACUGUAGGACCAAGGUCUCAUUAGGUGAUUUACUAUGCAAACUCCUACAGUUUCUUAUUCUCCAGAAAUAGGAUAUGCAGAUGACUUGGACCAGUGUUCGACUGACCAGUGUUAGAAUGACCAGUGUUAGACUGACCGAUGCUGCUUGUUACAUCAGCGGCAUCUCCAGUGGCAACAACUGAAAUACUUAGAGAAGACUUGAAACUUUCUCUUUAUUUUCACCCUUCUUCAGGAAGUUGCCGUGUAUUUCUGUAUUAACUAUACCUUCAUUGGAUCUAUAAGUUCAGUUAUAGGAAAGGGAUCUUUUGAGGCUUUAAAUUUGUCUAAAAAGAAAAAAGACACUUUUUUAGUCUUGGAUUAUAUUUAAAAAUUAUGGUGGGAAUAAAAUGUCAUAUCAACUUAUAUGCAGAUGUUAAACAUAUCUAAUUCUCCAGAUACAAUGAAGCAUUUCUAUGAGUAAAUGGCAUUAUUUCUCCAGUUUUCCUAGUGUGCCCCUUUAACUGAUCAGUUUGCUAUUGGCACCUUCACAUGCUGCCUUCGAAAGACUGGUUGAAAGCUUAACGUGAUGAGGGGAGGGGAUGUUGUGAUAAUGUAUGCUGCUAAUAGUUUUCGGUCAUUAGCUGAAUAAUCAAUAUGUGAUUUGAAAACUCUUGAGCUAUGCACAACUGUUUGACAAGGGAUGUGUUCAUUUGGUCACAUCUGCUGUUACUUACAGAGGGCAAACACCUGUUUCCUUCAGCUACAGCCAUUGCUGGGGCAUUCUAAAAGUUUUCUACUAAGGUAAAGGUGAUUACGCAUCCUCUACCGGUAAUAUCGUUGAAUCCCCAAAAUGACAACAUUCACAAACUAAAGCCAAAAUUGUGUUUUUAAAAUUCAGAUUGUAUCCUAGUUUCCUGACUUUUCCUCCCUCCCUUCAUCUUUCCUCCUUUUUUUAAUAAGUACGUCUCUAAGCCACUGCCUUCUCUGGAAAUCUGUCUCUAUGUUCUGGAAGAGCCUAUAAACUUUGCCUUCAGCUGUCUUCCUUUUCAAAAAGAAAACACUGGUGGUAGAUGAUGAAUUCUUAUUUAUUUUUAGAUUCAAUUUGGACCUAUAGUCAGUUUCUAAGGUUUAUGGGAUGAACUUUGGUUUAUAGAGAAAGGAAAAGUUAAAAAGUUAGAAUACUCAGGUUCUGGUGUGUUGUCUGUAUAACCUCCAAUACUCUUUUCUAAACUGAAUAAUGAACAUUUCAAACAAUAAAGUGAAAGUAAGUAUCAGAAUUAGCAAAAAAGAAAAAUGACCAAAACAAUGUAAGUGUGUUAAGCAUUCUAUUCACCAGGCAGGUACUGUGCUAGCACGAUGGAUACAAAAAUUAAGAAGAAAGAUCCUGGUUUGUAGUUUACAUUCUAAGGAGGGAGAGGACUAGGAUUUCGAGGCUCUGUGCUAAGUGAAAUAAUGCUGGUCAGCCAAGGUACUAUAGGGGCUCCAGGUCAGACAGUACCCUAGGGAGGAAGGGGGCUGUAGGAUUUCCAGGCAAAUUAAUGAGUAUGGGGCUGGCCCGGUGGCGUAGCGGUUAAGUGCACGCUCUGCUUCAGUGGCCAGGGGUUUGCUGGUUCGGAUCCUGGGCACGCAUCAAUGCUCCGCUCGUCACGCCAUGCUGUGGCGGCGUCCCAUAUAAAGUAGAGGAAGAUGGGCACAGAUGUUAGCUCAGGGCCAAUCUUCCUCAGCAAAAAAAGAGGAAGAUCAGCAUGGGUGUUAGCUCAGGGCUGAUCUUCCUCACACAUGCACACACACACACACAAAAAUUAAUGAGUAAAGAAGGCAGACGGCUACAAAUGAUCAUAAGCACGGUGUAUAGCUUGAACCAAAAGUGUGAGGUAGGACAUGGGAGGAGAGGUGGAGAGUGUCAGAUCUUGGAGGGUUUUGAUGCUUUCUGUGCUGCGGGGCCUGCUCUGGAGUGGGAGCCACUGAGGGGUUGUAAGCAAGCAAGUAGCAGCGAUCAGAUUGUAGUGCAAUGCGGACGGAAGAUGGGCGGCAGAAAGAUGGCCCUGAGCUCAGGCAGGUAUAGUAACAUUUUAUUAAAAGUAUAUCUGUAUAUAUGUGUGGAUAUAUUUCUAUAUUGUUAAUUUUGAGAUUUUAUUUCAAAUGACAAUAGCAACGUGACUUCUUGAGUUAAAAGCUCAUUAUUUUUUAAUGGCAAUACUGAAAAAUAUAAAGGAAAAAAUUAUUUGAAAUCCCACCACCAAGAAAUUGUACUAAUUUAUACUGCUUGUUGUCCAUACCCUUACCGAUUGUGGAGGUUAUCAGUCUUUUUAAUCCUAGCCCAUCUGAUGGAUUAAAAAAAGAAAGUCAUUGUUUCAAAUUGCAUUCCUGUGAAUACUAAUGAAGUUGAGCCUUUUUUCCCCAUAUUCUUUGGCCUUUUAUAAAUCUUUUGUGAUAUGCAUAUUUGUCUUUUGCUUAUUAUUCUCCUAGGAUAUUCUUUUUCUUAAAAACAUAAUCUUCCUUAAUAUAUAAGGAAAGUCAUCAGUUUAUAUUUGUUGGAAACAUUUCCUAGUUUGUUUUGGGUUCUUUUGCCAUGACUCUUCAAACACGCAGCACUGGUGAAAACGUUCACACAGAUGAAUCUGUAAACCACGUCAGAUAUCUUCUGUCAUGUGAGAGCCAGUAGGGGCUCGAGUGAAUAUAUAUAUAUAUAUUUUUUUUGUGAGGAAGAUUAGCCCUGAGCUAACAUCCAUUGCCAGUCCUCCUCUUUUUGCUGAGGAAGAUUGGCCCUGGGCUGACAUUCAUGCCCAUAUUCCUCUACCUUAUCUUCCUAUACCUUACCUCAACACUGUUAUGUUAGUGAUCUCAGAACCUGAUCAGAGACGCUUUUUUAAGUCUUGAAUACACAACUCCCAUCUGGUAGGCUCUUAAAUUCUUGAGGAAAUAAACCUUGAAUAUAUGACAAUCACAGAAAUCUCAAAACAUUCCCUAGGUUUCCUAAGGAAAAUUGUUUUGUUUUAUUUGUAAACCAGAGAAGCCUGUCUCUAAUUCUUCUCCUCCCAUUCUCUCUAAUCCAGUCUAGGUUUUUACCCUCCUACUCCACUGAAACUGGUCUUGUCAACGUUACCCAUACCUUCCUUCCAUAUUGCUUAAGCGAGGGACGAGUGCAUAGGUCUCCUCUUAACCGAUGAGCAGCAUUCAUCUCUGUUGAUCACUCCCUACUUGAUUAAUUUCUUCAUUCUGGCUUGUGGUUCACUACUGUCUCUUAGUUUUCUUCCAGCUUCACUGGCUUCUUGUUUUGUCUCCUUUGCAGAUUCCUUAUCUGUCUUCUUUGUUAGUGUGCUCCAGGGCUCAGUCCCUGGGCCUCUUUCUUCUCCAUCAACACUCACCCUCUUGGUGAUCUCACACAGUCUCAUGGUUUUAAUAUAGUCUACAAGCUGUCAGCUCCCAAAUGUGCAUCUCCAGCUGAGUUUUCUCCCUGAACGCCAAACUCAUACACCCAGCUACCUCCUUUAGCUCUCCACUUGGAUGUCUAAAAGACAUCUCAUACAUAGGAUGUCCAGAGCUGAGCUAUCCUCUACAGCCUUCUCCAUCUCCAUAAUGGUAGCUCCUCUUCCUCUCACACCCCGCAUACAAUCCAUCAGCAAAUCCCGCUGGCUUUUCCUUUAAAAUAGAUCCAAAAUCUGUCUUCUUCACGUGAAUUAUGGUAAUAGUCUCUUAAGUGGUCUUUCAGCUUCUAACCACCACUACCUCCCCCACCAACACACACACAUAAAAAACAUCAAUGUUUAAUACAGCAGCCAAAGAGCUCCUUCUAAAAUGUACAUCAGAUCAUGUUACUCUAAUGGUUCCCUACCUCUGUAAAAAGCAAAGUCCUGAUGAUGACCUCUCAGGGGUCGUGGGAAGCACAGGUAACAAACUGGACUUGGGAUUGGCUUCUGAAGUGUGUGCAUGCGUGGGGGUGGCAGUCUUGUAGAACUGAACCCUUAACCUAUGAGAUCUGACACUAUCUCCAGGUAGAUGGUUUCAGAAUUGAGUUAAAUUGUAGGACACCCAGCUGAUGUCGCAGAAUUGGUUCACGUGUGGAAAAUCCACAGAUCUAAUGUCAAAAGUGAAGCAGUGUGUAGUAGAGGAUUGAGAGUAGAGAAGAAACAUAGGCAAAAGUGUGUUUUUCCCUUACACAGGCAAGGGCAGAAUUCUCUAGUAUAAAAAAUUUCACGGGGCCGGCCCCGUGGCUUGGCGGUUAAGUGCGCGCG